AUGAAAAGGUUGUCACUUGUCACAACUAACAGGCUUUCACCUCACGGAAAUUUUCUUCCCUUGUGUACUUUUCCCCUGGCAGUGGACAUGGCUGCACUCUUCCAAGAAGCAAGCAGCUGUCCUGUCUGCUCAGACUAUCUAGAGAAACCAAUGUCCCUGGAGUGUGGAUGCGCCGUCUGCCUCAAGUGCAUCAAUUCACUGCAGAAGGAGCCCCAUGGGGAGGAUCUACUUUGCUGUUGCUGUUCCACGGUCUCUCAGAGGAACAACAUCAGGCCCAAUCGAAAGCUAGAGAGGCUGGUUUCCCACCUCAAGGAACUGGAGCCCAAGCUGAAGAAGAUUCUGCAGAUGAACCCAAGGAUGCGGAAGUUCCAAGUGGAUAUGACCUUGGAUGCCGACACAGCCAACGACUUCCUCCUCAUUUCUGACGAUCUCAGGAGCGUCCGAAGUGGGAGCAUCAGACAGAAUCGGCAAGACCUUGCUGAGAGAUUUGACGUGUCCAUUUGUGUCCUGGGCUCCCCUCGCUUUACCUGUGGCCGCCACUACUGGGAGGUGGACGUGGGAACAAGCACAGAAUGGGACCUGGGAGUCUGCAGAGAAUCUGUUCGCCGCAAAGGGAGGAUCCAGCUGACCACAGAGCAUGGAUUCUGGACUGUGAGUUUGAGGGAUGGAAGCUGCCUCUCUGCCAGCACGGAGCCGCUGACUUUCCUCUUCGUAGACCGCAAGUUACAGCGAGUGGGGAUUUUUCUGGAUAUGGGCAUGCAGAACGUUUCCUUUUUUGAUGCUGAAGGUGGUUCCCAUGUCUAUACAUUCAGGAGCGUCUCUGCUGAGGAGCCACUGUGCCCACUUUUGGCUCCUCCAAGUCCACAUAAUGGUGAUAAGAGUGUCUUGAGCAUCUGUCCUGUGAUGAACUCAGGCACUACUGAUGCUCCAGUCCAUCCUGGGGAGGCCAAACAAACCCCCACUGCAAAAAAACAAAAAACAGGGUAA